GGAACGUGUAAUUGGGGCCAAUUAGCUGGUGUAUUCUGAGAAACUUGGUUAAUGACCAGAUAUCGCAGAAUAGGAAGAAUUUGGGGUGUCACAGAUAACUGCUCGGGGGAGCAGUUUACAAUCUACAUUAAUGCUUUGAAUUAAGAGAUCAAAUGUAAUAGAUCGAAGUUUAUUGAGGCAAAGCUGGCUGUAGAUGGGUUAAGUGAUGGGACAAAGUGACAAAUGAAAUGCCAUUUAUAAAAAUACAUAGUUGUUGUAUCAAAGAUGGAAUAGCACAGUUAUCAAGGUGUUGUGAGGUACAUGUCCUUGUACCUGAAAUCGACAUGCAGAUUGUAAGUAGUUUCAGGUUCACGGAUAUAUUUACUUUUAUUAUAAAUUAUUUGAGUAUAAAAUGCCAUACUCCAGCUAUAUUGGUGAGACAGCAGUUUUUCUUUACUUUGUUGAUCAGGGUUUCUUUUUCUUGAUCAGGGUUUGAGUGCUUUAACCCAUGUUUUAAUCAUGCAAUUUGGAACUGGAAUUAGAAGGCAUUUCAGAGUGACAUACUAAAUUGGAUUUUCAUCAAGCAGAAGUUUUAGUUUUUAGUUUAGUCACCGAGUCUGCACCGACCAGUGAUCUUCGCACAUUAACACAUUAACUACCCGACACACACUGGAUAAUUCUACAUGUUACAUUUAUACCAAGCCAAUUAGCCAACAAUCCUGUAUGUCUUUGCAUUGUGGGAGGAAACUGAAUAUCUCGGGGAAAACCCACGCAGGUCACGGGGAGAACGUAUGAACUCCGUGUAGAUAAGCACCCAUGAAUUUACCUAAUAUAAUCUUGUGCAUACAAGAAGAGUUAAAAUUGCUUUAAGUAGUUAAGCUUUAUUAAAUUAGGUUUAAUUUAAAAUGUAAAUUUGCUGAGAAAUAGAACCAAGUUAAACUUAUCAAAGUCUCCGUGCAAAUGAAUGGGGCUAGGUACAUCAGAUGUGACUGGUGAAUUAGUAAAGGACGAGAUGUGAAAUUUAUUGGCCCCUUGGCACAGUAAAUUAUAGAACAUCAAAGUGUGGUGGAUGUAUGGAAAAAGCUGCCAGAGAAGAUAGUUAAGGCAAGGACUAUCCUAACAUUUAAGAAGCAGUUACACAGGCACAUGGGUAGGACAUGUUUGGAGUGAUAUUGACCAUAGACAAUAGGUGCAGGAGUAGGCCAUUCGGCCCUUUGAGCCAGCACUGCCAUUCAAGGUGAUCACGGCUGAUCAUCCACAAUCAGUACCCCGUUCCUGCCUUCUCCCCAUAUCCCCUGACUCUGCUCUCUUCAAGAGCCCUAUUUCGCUCUCUCUUGAAAGUUUCCAGAGAACUGGCUUCCAUCACCCUCGGGCAGAGAAUUCCACAGACUUUCUCUGUGUGGAAAAAGUGUUUCCUCAUCUCCGUUCUAAACGGCUUACCCCUUAUUCUUAAACUGUGGCCCUUGGUUCUGGACUCCCCCUACAUUGGGAACAAGUUUCCUGCCUCUAGCGUGUCCAAACCCUUAAUCUUAUGUUCCAAUAAGAUCCCCUCUCACCCUUCUAAAUUCCAUAGUAUACAAGCCCAGCCGCUCCAUUUUCUAAGCAUAUGACAGUCCCGCCAUCCUGGGAAUUAACCUUGUGAACCUACGCUGCACUUUCUCAACAGCAGGAAUGUCCUUCCUCAAAUUAGGAGACCACAACUGCACACAAUACUCCAGGUGUGGUCUCACUAGGGCCCUGUACAAUUGCAGAAGGACCUCUUUGCUCCUAUACUCAACUCCUCUUGUUAUGAAGGUCAACAUGCCAUUUGCUUUCAUCACUGCCUGCUUUAUCUGCAUGGUUACUUUCAUUGACUGAUGAACAAGGACCCCAAAUCCUGUUGUACUUCCCCUUUUCCCAACUUGACACCAUUUAGAUAAUCUUCCUUCCAAUUUUUGUUACCAAAGUGGAUAACCUCGCAUUUGUCCACAUUAAACUGCAUCUGCCCACUCACCCAACCUGUCCAAGUCACCCUGCAUUCUCAUAGCAUCCUCCUCACAGUUCACACUACCACCUAGCUUUGUCAUCUGCAAAUUUGCUAAUGUUACUUGUAAUCCCUUCAUCUAAAUCAUUAAUAUAUAUUGUAAAUAGCUGCGGUCCCAGCACCGAGCCUUGCAAUACCCCACUAGUCACUACCUGCCAUUCUGAAAGGGACCCGUUAAUUCCUACUCUUUGUUUCCUGUCUGCCAAUCAAUUUUCUAUCCAUGUCAGCACUCUACCCCCCAAUACCAUAUGCUCUACUUUUGCCCACUAAUCUCCUAUGUGGGACCUUAUCAAAUGCUUUCUGAAAGUCCAGGUACACUACAUCCACUGGCUCUCCCUUGUCCAUUUUCCUAGUUACAUCCUCAAAUAAUUCCAGAUGAUUAGUCAAGCAUGAAUUCCCCUUCGUAAAUCCAUGCUGACUCGGACCGAUCCUGUCAUUGCUAUCUAAACGUGCCGCUAUUUCAUCUUUUGAUUGACCAGCAUCUUCCCCACCACCGAUGUCAGGCUAACUGGUCUAUAAUUCCUUGUUUUCUCUCUUCCGCCUUUCUUAAAAAGUGGGGUAACAUUAGCUACCUGCCAAUCCACAGAAACUGAUCCUGAAUCUAUAGACCAAUGCACCCAUGAUUUCUAGAGCCACUUCCUUAAGUACCCUGGGAUGCAGACCGUCAGGCCCUGGGAAUUUAUCAGCCUUCAGUCCCAUCAGUUUACCCAACACCAUUUCCUGCCUAAUGUGGAUUUCCUUCAGUUCCUCCGUCACCCCAGAUCCUCUGGCCACUAGUACAUCAGGAAGAUUGUUUUUGUCCUCCUUAGUGAAGACGGAUCCAAAGUACCUGUACAACUCAUCUGCCAUUUCCUUGUUUCCCAUCAUAAAUUCACCUUUUUCAGUCUUCAAGGGUCCAACUUUGGUCUUAACUAAUUUUUUUCCUCUUCACAUACCCAAAGAAGCUUUUACUAUCCUCCUUUAUAUUCUUGGCUAGCUUAUCUUGUACCUCAUCUUUUCUCCCCGUAUUACCUUUUUAGUUAUCUUCUGUUGCUCUUUAAACGUUACCCACUCCCCUUGGAAUUUUUCUUCCUCUGUGGAAUGAACUGAUCCUGCACCUUCUGUAUUAUUCCCAGAAAUACCUGCCAUUGUUGUUCCACUGUCAUCCUUGCUAGGGUAUCUUUCCAGUCAACUUUGGCCAGCUCCUCCCUUAUGGCUCCAUAGUACCCUAUGUUCAGCUGUAAUACAGCUCCGAUUUAUCCUUCUCCCUCUCAAAUUGUAGAUUAAAACGUACCAUAUUAUGGUCACUACCUCCUAAUGGCACCUUAACCUCGUUCCCUUUAUCAAAUCCGGUUCAUUACACAACACUAAAUUCAGAAUUGCCUUCUCCCUGGUUGGCUCCAGUACAAGCUGCUCUAAGAAUCCAUCACGGAGGCACUCCACAAACUCCCUUUCUUGGGGUCCAGCACCUACCUGAUUUUCUACCUGCAUGUUGAAAUCUCCCAUAACAACCAUAGCAUUACCUUUGUGACAUGCCAAUUUUAACUCUUGAUUCAACUUGCAUCCUAUAUCCAGGCUACUGUUUGGAGGCCUGUAGAUAAGUCCCAUUAGGGUCUUUUUACCUUUGCACUUCCUUAGUUCUAUCCAUACUGACUCCGUGUCUCCUGUUUCAAUGUCACCCCUUGCAAGGGACUGAAUUUCAUUCUUCACCAACAGAGCUACCCCACACAUUCUGCCCACCUGUCUGUCUUUUCGAUAGGAUGUAUACCCUUCAAUAUUCAUUUUCAUUAUUUAACAUUUAGUUGUAUGUUCUAUUUGUCAAUCAUCUUUGUAAAUUAGUUGAAACUGGACAGUUUUUAACUCCUUUCAGGAAUUCUUUUCUUGACACUUCCUGAAAAUUUUGAUUUUUCACUGUUUAGUUAUUAGAUACCUUCUAAAAAUUGCUUCUUUUAAAACCGAAACACGGAUUCUUAUAGAUAACAAAAUGAAUGUCCUGCAAAUUCCCUAUGAGUUUACUGCUGUUUUCGAUAAAAUUUCUUUGAAGGCUAUACUGCCUUUUUCCAGUCAUCAAUUAACCCCCACUGAUAACCUUUUCAUAAACCUGGCUAAAUAUUGUAAUUAAUUACAGUGUCUAUCAGCAUCACUGAACAACAAACUCAUUUGUUUUUUGAGUAGCUGUGCCACCCAAUUAGAAAAAAAAGUGCUAUGUUGCCUAAUUUAAUCUGUGGAGUUGGUAGAGGCAUUAUAAUUGUUAUCAAUACCUCUGGAUAAGCCUGGUUAGAGUGAAUGAAUAAAUAUACAUGUCCCUAGCCUAUCCAGCAUUUUCUGCUGGCAGUGUAUGUUUGCACAUCGGGUGAGGGCACAAUCAAGCUUGUCUAUGAUACCCCUGCCACUGAAUAGCUUGCUAAUACUGCCAUAACUCACAGCUGAAUAAUGGCUACUCUGGUGAAGUACUGGAUGUCUGUGGAACAGCAUCCCUUUAAGGAAGCCAUCAUAUUUAUUGGAUGAAAGGUUAAAUGGAACCUGCCUUUGGAACCCUGAAGAUCCAGGCUGACUUAUGCACUGCAUAGCAGCUAUUCCAAAAGGGACCACAGACAUGAGCGGGGGAGGCGAGCAGCCUGACAUAUUGUCAGUUGGUUUCUUAGUAAAGGAACGGUGGAAAGUGUUGAAAAAGAUUGGAGGUGGAGGCUUUGGUGAAAUCUAUGAAGCUGUAGACUUUUUGACCCAGGAAAAUGUUGCUCUCAAGGUGGAAUCAGCCCAGCAACCAAAACAGGUUCUCAAAAUGGAAGUUGCUGUUUUGAAGAAGCUGCAAGGGAAGGAUCAUGUUUGUAGAUUUAUUGGCUGUGGAAGAAAUGACCAAUUUAAUUAUGUUGUAAUGCAGCUGCAGGGUCGAAAUCUUGCAGAUCUACGUCGCAGCCAGUCGAGAGGUACCUUUAGCAUCAGCACUAUUCUACGACUGGGAAAACAAAUUCUUGAAGCAAUAGAAAGUAUUCACACUGUGGGCUUUCUUCACAGGGACAUCAAACCUUCAAACUUUGCAAUGGGCCGCUUUCCAAGCACCUGCAGAAAGUGUUUCAUGCUGGACUUUGGUUUGGCACGACAGUUCACAAAUUCCUGUGGAGACGUUAGACCUCCUCGGGUGGUGGCAGGGUUCAGAGGCACGGUGCGCUAUGCAUCAAUCAAUGCACAUAAAAACAGGGAAAUGGGCCGACAUGAUGACCUCUGGUCCUUAUUUUAUAUGUUGGUGGAGUUUGUCGUGGGGCAGCUACCAUGGAGGAAGAUAAAAGAUAAGGAACAAGUAGGUCUAAUAAAAGAAAAAUAUGAUCACCGUCUUAUGUUGAAGCACCUCCCGCAAGAGUUUUCGGUAUUUCUGGAACAUGUUCUUUGCUUAGAUUAUUUCACAAAACCAGAUUAUCAGUUGUUGAUGUCCGUGUUUGACAGCAGCAUUAAAGCACAUGGGGUUGUUGACAGUGACCCUUUUGACUGGGAGAAAACUGGGAUGGAUGGAUCUUUCACCAUGAUAACCACCUCAACUACUCCUCAGCUACAUACACGGCAGACACCUGCUGCUCUUGGAAUUGCUAAUGCUUCACUGGUGCCAGGCGAUCAGAUGAAAGAAAACACUGAUGAGGUAUUACAAGAUGAGCAACUCAGCGAUGGUGAGAAUGCUCUUCCAGGCAUUAUUUGUCCUGAAAGGAUGGCAGAAAUGCAUGGAUCUCAAAACCCACAAGUUCCUCAUGUCGGAGAGAAGGAUGUUUGGGAAGAAAUGGACAUUAACAGGAACAAAAUGAAGAUCUCUGGCUGUAAGGGGGUCACAGAGGAAGAGAGCAGUCAUGGUGCUGGAAAUGUGCCUCAAAAUGGACCAAGUUUGGGAUCUCCUGUGAAAGUACGCUCUGAGACUUUGCAACCAGAUCGGGAUAUGCCAUUGCUAAGAAAGUUGAGAUCAAUUCACAGCUUUGAGUUUGAAAAACGUCUCACGUUGGAGCCAAAGCCCAGCACUGAUAAAUUCUUAGAAGCUUGUUCUACAAAGGUCAAGGAAGACUUACUUAAGGAUGUUCCUGCUUCCCAGCAUCGCAAGACCUCUGCUGCAGCUCGAGCUGACAGGGUAUGGCACUUUGAUGAAGAAUACGUUCCGGACAGUACAAAACCAGUCUCUUUGGAGUCUCCUGAGCACGGUGAUGGUGUUGUUAGCAAUGGUUUUGUAGCACUCAAUUUAAGCUCCUGCAGGCAGGAGGUUGACUCCAAAGAGUGGGUCAUUGUGGAUAAAGAACAUGACCUCCAGGAUUUCAGGACCGACAGACGGCAGAGCCAGAAAUUAACCAGUCCAACUGGACGGACAGAUGAUGAGGAACCAGAGGUCCUUGCAGUAGAUUCCCCUCAGGCUGAAGGAUUAAUGUUGGUCGAAGCUAUUUCGAGCAAAAGCAUGGGAUGUCCAAAGUCACCAGAAGCAAGGAAAGACCAGCUGAACACAACUCAUUUGCCACAUCCCAACACUCCAAGGAUGCAGAAUCCCCUCCGAUCCCCGAGCCCUGUAGUAUUGUUACCCUCUGAUUCGGAUCCACUUCACAGGAAGCAGUCAGAUUUGCACAGGAGCCAGUCAGCUGAGAACAAAUCACGCUCCCCUGGUCGUAGGCAGCUACCCUUCAUUCCAGGCAACACCAAGCUGCCUUCUAUCAUCCGCAUCUCCAAAGCUCAGCUCCAACAGAUAACGGCGCCUAAACCUGCAGUAACAUCGACUCAUGGUGCCUCUGUGGUUACAGAGUGCAAUGAGAAGAGAGAAAAUGAUCAGCAUGCAGUAGAAAACAACAUUGAUCAAAAGCAGCCAGCCCAUUUUCCAGAAGAGAAAUCGAGGCCAACUGCUGCAGUGCAUGGCCCUUUGUGUAAUGGUACAUUCAGUGUUGGCCUUAAACUAGAACUGGACAUAGGCCCAAUGCAAAGGGAAAAAGCCAUCAGGACCAGUAUAAUAGAAAGCAGUAACCAAGGUGAGGUAAUUGCAAAAACUAGUGUUCAUUCCGAGCACAACAGAGAUGACUCUCUCAAUUCACCUCAUGAGGUUGAAUGUAAAGAUGGCCAAAUGGUUUCUGGGGAUGGAAGGAGUCAGCCUGAUGAAGGACAAUACUCUUUGGGUGAAAGUGAACUACUGGAGAAGCAAAUGGGUGAUGAAUGCUUGACAUCAGCACAACUAAGGAGCUUGAGCUCUAUACAAAAACAUGCAGAGAUUAAAUCACCUGGUCCUUGCUUAACAGAUAUUAUAGCCAGCCCAGCCACAACUGGUGAAGUCUUUUCAAUGAGAGAGGACGAUGCUCUCUCCAAGUCAGUGGAGUGUACAAAAUUUGUAAUGGAUAUGCCGAAAGAUAAACUGCAUGACAUAGAAGAAAAUGUUUUUUUUAAAUACAUUGAAGGUGAGACGGAUAAAGAACAGCCUGCUUCUAGCAUUUCAUAUGAACGUGUAAAGGAAUUGCUUCAUGCUGCAGUAUCAGAGCAGGAAAGCUAUGCCAAUUAUGCUGGAAAUGAUGGAUGUGAAAUGGGCUACAUUUCUGAAAUGAUGCAGAGAAAGAUUCAGGAACAGAGCAACAUUUCAGAGCUAAGUGGAUUCAGAAAUGGAGAUUUGAUUCAAAUCUUGACAGUCGGUGACGAUUCACUCCAUUCCACGAAGGUUGAAGGCAAAUCAUCACUUUUGCGACAAAGUCGAAUCCCAGUCCUGGCAUCUGAUGCAGAAAUUAUUACUGAGUCAUCGGCUCCUGUCUCAGCUAAAGAGAAACUACUUCAAAAGAAGGCUUACCAAACUGACAUGACUAGACAGUUGGCUGAAAAGAGACAACACACACUCAGAACGUCCUUCCUGGGCGAUCUUUCAUCUAAUUCUGAAAAAUCCCCAGAAGAGAAAAUAUCUGUCCCAUCAAUGACUUUCUCAGAUGAUGGAACUCCUUCUGGAUCUCCAAUGAAAGCUGGAACGGAACAACAAUCAGGCAAACAGACUGACGACGACUCUCUUCUGACCAGUCUUCAAUCCCGGAGAAGCAAAAUCCCAAGACCAGUUUCAUUGACCAAUCCUGAACAGGUCCCCAUUGCAACCUCAACCCAAUUAGUCCCAAGGCCACCUCCUGGCAAGCCACCAACUCGACACAGUGUGGAGGUCCGAUUACGCCGAUACAGAGUUGUUGGAAGCGGUAGCUCGGAUUCUGAUCUCCUAACCCAUCUGGCUCAAAUCCUUCAAAAUGGAUCCCAAAAGACCAGAAGCUCACCACAGUCCAAAAGCCCACAGUCCCCACGCAGUCCUAAAACUCCACCCAAAAGCCCGGUGAUUCCACGACGAAGUCCCAGCGCUUCACCACGAAGCUCCUCGCUGCCACGCACUGCCAGCUCUUCCCCUUCACGCGGCCGUCCCUACACGGACCAGAGAAGCUCAUCGCCACAUUUUGCCAGAAGUCGCUCUCCUCCCAGUUACUCUGGGUCCUCGCCCUCCCGGAGAAGCUUCUUGCAAGAGCAUGGUUGUGGUAAACAGGGCAAAAAUAGCUUGAAGGGGCCUGGGAGCCCUCACCACUUGUGUCAAAGCAAAUCCACAAAGGGAAAGUGCUCCGGCAGAGAUGGUAAAAUGUCCAGUAAACUCAGCAGAUAAUAAUUUCUACCAGUAACACUCCAUUAGUUCUCCUUUUCCUCCAUCCUCAGACACUCUCUUCCCACCCCCACCCCCCUCCAAAGGUUCCCAGGUGUAAUCUUUAUCCAACUCCAAGCUCUCUCUCCCUGUCCCUCUCCCUCCAAUCCUCUCUCCCCCACAUCUUUCUUUCUCUCCACAUCUUUCUCCCUCCCCACGUCGCUUUCUCCCUCCCCACGUCGCUUGCCCUCUCCCCAGCUGCUCCCUCCCCGCUGCGUCCUCUCUCUCCCCGCUGCGCUCUCUUUCUCUCCUUACCCCCCUGGUCUGUUUUCUUUCUCUCUCUCUCUCUCCCCUCCACCCUCCCCCUCUCUCCCCUUUCUCUCUCUGUGCCCAUCUUUCUCUCUCGCCCAUCUUUCUCUCUCUCUGCACCCCCUUUCUCUCUCUCUGCGUCCCCUUUUCUCUCUCUGCGCCCCCUUUUCUCUCUCUGCGCCCUUUUUCUCUCUCUGCGCCCC